AUGAAGUUCUCUGCUGUUUUCUGCGCCCUUCUCGCCACUUCGGCCGCUGCCUUCGCCCCAGCUACCAGCUCGCGAACCAGCACUGAGUUGAACAUGGACCGUCGUGUUGCCUUUGGACAAAUCGCCACUGCCGGAGCCGUCCUUGCCGGAAUUCCCGCCAUUGCUUCCGCCGAUGGUGCCGUCAGCACUGCCUCCAAGACCAAGGCUAAGGUUGUCUACGGAAGCCGCAUCGCCGCCUUGAAGAAGGCCGUUGACAGUGGAGACUUUGCCUCCAUUGUUGAUGAGAAGAAUGCCUUCAUCCUCUUCAACUCGGGUGUCUACCCCACCGCCAAGGAAAAGGCCGCCAAGAAAGCCGCCAUCGAUGAUGUCAACGCCAUCUUCUCCGGAAUCCGCAAGGGUGACAAGGGCGCCGUCAAGACCGCCUACGACAAGUACGUCAAGGCCAACGACAUCUCUGAUGUCCUCUCCAAAGCUGCCGCAGGUGGACAAAGCUACUCUUCGGACUACAGCUACCUUACCAAGACAAACGCUGCCGCCGUUUACGUUCGAUAA